GUGACAAUGAGAUAAAAAAAAUGCUGUUCCUUUCCAUAACGUUCAUAACGGGGAUAUUACGUACUACGUACAUUUAGUUCUCUAAAAUCUCUGAAUUCCAUUUAGAUACACGGAAUUUUGAUAAAAGGUUGCAUUAACAGAGGCGCGAGUAAUGGAUCUUAGCCAAGCUGGCAAUCACCCGCAGCGGCAGCAUCAAUAUGUUAACGACUGGCAUAUAGCACCCUCAUCUCGGCUCACCGCCUCUAUUGAUUUAUCUGCCGGCGCUCACCGACCAUUAGCACCAGUUUAUCACUGCAAUUUACCUGCUGUCAUUAGUCAAACUCAAGCACGGCCGCCGUCCGGCGUUAUUGUGACAGCCAACGAGUGGCCACCCUUCCGCCAAGCCACCCCCAGCACCACCUGGCCCACUGAUAGCCGCCAGCAGUUCAACAGUAGCAAUGUUGCAGAUCGGAUUUAUGAAAUUCCGUCUGACGAUGACACUCUGAGCAGUGAUGAUGACAGGCUGCUGAUUAUUGACGAGAAUGUCGACUCGCCCGUUGAGGAUGAAAUUGAUUCUAAUGAAAAAGGGCAGGUGGACGCACAGAGUCCGCUUUGUCUAGCCAGCGAACAGGAAGAGAAAAUAUUGGAAGACGAAACAAAAGUGGUCACCAAGGCCAAAGAAAAGCACAAUCGGCAUAGAAAAUUCAAACUGAAGGAUUUCAUCCUUUCGAAACCAUCAAAAAGAAUAUCAAGAAGGGCUGUAGACCAAAAAUCUAUUCCUUGGAAGAAAGUACAACAUAUGAAAUCAGCAGUCUCAUCAGAAGAUGAAAUAAAACAAAAGCAGAGGAAAAACGAAGUGAAGGCCCGUGCAGAGAGCCCUCCCCUGAAUGUGAUACUGUGGGAAUCCUCAAAGGGUGAUAAAAACGCCGAGUUGCAGGAGGAGGCCACAGUCAGAAGCUCUUCAGUGGGCUUAGCAGAGCGCUCGAGGCCGGCGAAACCUGAAGAGCACAAAUAUGAGCAGAAAAAUAGCAGCAGAGAGCAGAACGGUAAACAAACGACUUGCAAAUCCCUUGCAAACAAGAGUCGUAAAGAAGGCGAAAGCCAUGAUUCGACUAAAAACCCCAGAAAGAAUGACGAGCGGGAUGAAAUGAAACUGCACCGCAGUGAAACAAAGCAGGAUGAAAAUGAAAGAAAGCCAGUGCUCUCCGUAUUGCAACUCUGCCGUAAAUUCGACUGCGAAAAGCAGGUGCGCGUUUUGCUAAAGAGGUUGACAAAAGGGCAAAUCCGCCAACACACACAUCCCGUGCGUCCGAAACUCGCCAGAAUCCCCAAAAUCUGCGCCGCCAAAGAGAAGCUGCGCAAACCAUUUGCAUUCGAGCAAAAUACCGUGGACGCUCGGCUGGAAGCAAACACCCUGAUGAACUCGCUCUUGGGGUCUACACCGCGGGCAGACGAGUCGCUGAAAAAACCAAAAAUAGUCUUCGCUCCCCGCAGAGUCAUAAAACGCCGCAAAACAGCCGCACCACCUGCUGCCACCCCUGUGCUGGAAAAACGAAAAGGUGCCGUGAAUGCAAAGACUUUUCCAAAGGAGUUGAUCGGCCUGAUCGAGAGAGACAUCCAGCGCGCUGUGCCCUUGCAGCGCUUCAUAAAUGACGUCAAGAGGCACCCCAAAAUCGACUGGAUCGUGCUGGAUGGGAAAAUGCAGCACAGCUUGACCCAACGCAAGCCUCUGCGCAGGAAAGUCAAAGUCAGGGUCCUGAUGCCUCCUCAGUACCUGGUCCAAGACAAAAUUGCUGAAUAUGAACGUCAGAUGAUGGCUAGAGAAGCGGCUAUUGCAGAGUUCAAGAAGAAACCCCCUAUGAAAAUUAAAGGAGUGGCUUCUUGGCCAAAAUUUCAGGUUUCUCCGUGCUGCUCCGAGAAGGAAAAGCAGGAGUUACGCGACAAGUUGGCCAGAGCCGAACAGACCAACUUCCUGAAGUUGUUCCCAACGCCGAGGGUCGGCUUGGAGCGGCAACAGGAGCUGCUGCCUAAUCACUGGCACACUAAAAUAUUGAGCACGCCUUUCCAGAUCGGCAAGUACCUGCUGCGCGGCGUGAGCCCACUGUCGAGGGAGUUCAAGUACGUCGCGAGAAAAUUCAAUAAGAGCUGCGAACAACGCGUGCUGGCUGUAGACCGAGUCGAGAAUCCGCACCUCUGGUUCAGGUACCAUUUGAAGAAAGAGAAAAUGGAGCUGCGCAACCCAUUCGCACAAGAAAUGCACUUGUUCCACGGAACGGACAAGAAGUUCUUGGACUCGAUUCUGUCCUAUAACCUCACCUGGAGGUAUUUCGGCCGCAAGAAGGGUUCUCGCUUCGGACACGGCUACUACUUCUCGCCACUCAGCUCCUACGCGGUUCACUACACGGACCAGAAUCCGGAUCACUCCAUCAUGCUGCUCUUCAGGGUUCUUACGGUGAAGCAGUGCAUCGGCUUUGAGAACAGCAAACUGCCCGAUGAAGGCUUCGACACGAGCAUCAGCGAGAAUGGGAAGGUGUGGGUGAAGUUUGACGUGGAUGAGGUCUACCCUGACUAUGUUAUCCACUUCGCCUACUCAGAUCCCAAGGAGAAAGCUGAAGAAAUCGGGCAGUACAGGGCUAAAAUGAAGAAGAUAGAGGCUGAAAGGUGGAAGAAAAGCUACCGAAAAUACCUGAUGUGGAGCUCGUUCCGGCGGCGUCUGAGACGAAGAUCAAUGUCUUGGCAUAAGUUCUGCCGCAAUGUGAAGAAGUGGAAGCCCGUGAAGCGUGGAAAAGGAGUCAAACUGAAGGCUGGACCGUGGCGUGGUCCUAAAGGGAGAAUGUGGACUGGGAAGCCGGUAGUGGCCACCAAGCUGAAGAAGCCGCAAUUCAGGUCGAUGGCGGUCUGGAAGCAGCCAAGCCAUUCGGCUCCUAAGAGGAAGGUUAUUGGGUCAUACAGGGCCAAAAAGAGGUAAUAUCCACCGACUUUGUACAUUGUGUUUGUCUUAUUUAUGUUGAGAGAACAACUAAGGUAGGGAAAUACCAAGGCUAUUAAACAUUACUAAAUCAAACUUUAUUUUGUAUUAAGUGACUUACAAAGCUUCAAGUCGGACCAAUUUUUCAUUGGAAAAUAGCAAAAAUGAUUUGUGUACUACAUUUCAAUUCGAUUGAGACACAAGUUAAGGCUCAUAAAUCGUAUGAUGUUUGACUCCUAUCUAAAGCCACUUGACAUUAGGAUGUUUUUUAUGAAUAAAUAAAUUGUGUAUUGUAAAAUG